AGAUCCCGGAUGGAGCGGCCAUUGGGCGGAAGUGAACAGAGGUGCACAAUAACUGCGGGUUGGGAGGAGGAAAAAUAAUAUAUACACUUUGAAUUAAAUUUACACACGGCGUGUGACAGCAUUGGAUUUAACCCCUGAAACCGCAGAGCCUCUGAUUCUCUCGGAAACGUCCUCAGGCUGGACUUUUAAGGCGCUCGAGAGGACCGGAUCGCCGGAAUCAAGUCGUGGAACUUGCUGAAAAAAAGCGCAGUUGAGCCUGCACGGAGCCGAGAGGAACCCACGGGCUUCGGGUUACGCCGAGCACCCUCGCCGCUGCUUCUUUUUUCUUUGCAAGACUCUUGCCGAAUCUAAAGAGGGCCUCUUGAUGAAUUAUGUCUACCACCAGUAUUGACCCACAGACAUCAAAAGGGCAAGACGCUAAAGUGCAAAAUGGCUCUCUUCAUCAGAAGGAAACAGUCCACGACAAUGACUUUGAACCAUACCUCACUGGCCAGUCUAAUCCGAAUAACAGUUACCAAUCCAUGACCGACCCAUACCUGUCUAGCUACUACGCUCCCUCAAUUGGGUUCCCCUACCCCCUCAGCGAGGCCCCCUGGUCCACAGGUGGAGACCCGCCGAUCCCAUACCUCACUCCGUAUGCCCCCCUCAGCAAUGGAGACCAUCACUUCAUGCAUGACACUGUGUUUGGACAGCCGGGAGGUCUGGGCAGUAGCAUUUAUCCACACCGCUUUAACUUUUUCCCCGAAAACCCUGCGUUUUCUGCCUGGGGUACGAGUGGCUCCCAGGGCCAGCAGACUCAGAGUUCUGCAUAUGGGGGCAGCUACAGUUAUCCGCCCAGUUCUUUAGGUGGAACCUUGGUGCCGGACGGGCAAACGGGCUUCCCUAGUGACACCCUCAAUAAGGCGCCAGGUAUGAAUAGCUUGGAGCAGGGCAUGGUGGGACUGAAGAUCGGUGGUGAUGUGACUGGAGGUGGUUCCGGGGUGAAGACAGUGGGCUCCGUGAUUGGAGGAGGGCCGGUGGCUGCGGCGGUGGCCACAGGUAAUGGUGGGACUCCUAUUGGACUGCCGCCCCCUAAGCCCACAUCCUGGGCAGCCAUUGCUAGCAAACCGGCCAAGCCUCAGCAGCUGAAGGUGAAGAGCAAGCCGGGGAUGCCCAUGGCUGGAGGCACUCUGCCUCCGCCGCCCAUCAAACACAACAUGGACAUUGGCACUUGGGAUAAUAAGGGGCCUGUGACCAAAGUGGCGUCACCUUUGCCACCCCACCACCACCACCAGCAGCAGCCUCCCCUCCACUCCCAGGGUCACCUUCCACCUCACCCACAUGGACUGCCACCCCCACCUCAGCCCCCAAUGCCGUCUGCCCAAUCACUUGCCCAGCAGAUGGCCAUGCAGGGCCCACCCCCUCCGCAGCCUUACCAGAACCACGCCCCUGCUCCUCCCCCUCAAACCCGGUGGGUUGCCCCACGCAAUCGCAAUCCUGGUUAUGGUGGUGGAGGCAGCGUGGACAGCAGUGGCUCCUCAAGUGGUGGAGGGGUCGGCAAUGGUGGCGGAGGUGGCCCACCAGGCUCCGGCACCAUCGAGUCCCACCCUGUCUUGGAAAAGCUGCGUGCGGCACACAGCUACAACCCCAAGGAGUUCGAUUGGAACCUGAAAAAUGGCAGGGUGUUCAUCAUUAAGAGCUACUCUGAGGACGACAUCCAUCGCUCCAUCAAGUACUCCAUCUGGUGCAGCACGGAACAUGGAAACAAGCGGCUGGAUUCUGCGUUUCGUGCCAUCAACGGCAAAGGUCCUGUCUACCUGCUGUUCAGCGUCAACGGCAGCGGACACUUCUGUGGCGUGGCGGAGAUGCGUUCGCCUGUAGACUACGGCACCAGUGCCGGCGUUUGGGCGCAGGACAAGUGGAAGGGCAAAUUUGAUGUGGACUGGCUGUUUGUUAAAGACGUGCCCAACAGUCAGCUCAGGCACAUCCGCCUAGAGAACAAUGACAACAAGCCCGUGACCAACUCACGCGACACACAGGAGGUGCCUCUGGAGAAGGCCAAGCAGGUGCUGAAGAUCAUCGCUACCUACAAACACACCACCUCCAUUUUCGAUGACUUCUCACACUAUGAGAAACGACAGGAGGAGGAAGAGGUGGUAAGAAAGAAUCUCGAGCCUGCUCCUAUCCAGAACCGAUCCCGACUGGAUCAAGAACGCCAGAACCGAAAUAAACAAUAGAAGGCUGCCCCCCCCCCCCCCCUCUACAGCUGAUGAGCAGUUGUUUUAGGACUGACCAUUUGAAAAAUGAAAUUUAAAGAGGACACAAGAUGAAAUUUAAAACAAAAAAAUAAACAAUCAUUAUGUUUUUCUAUUUAAUUCUGGUGACUUCAGCCAGCGUCAGACUCAAGCCUCUGCGCCUCCGGCUUCACUUGUGAGGGCUGAAGUCGAUUAGCACCUCUUAACGUCGCGUCAUCAUUUCGGUUGAUUUUUUUUUUUUUUUUUUUUUUUAAUCAUUAUUUUGUUCUUUUCUCUUCUUUUCUAUCAUUUGUUAUUGUUUCCAUACACCUCCCUACCCUGUUUGACCAACCAAUACCUGCACAAGUCUUUUCUUUUCAUCCUAUAUUAUUGUUUCUUCAGCCCCACUGCUCCUUAACGUGCCCUUCAAAGUGGGUUAAAUGAGUGGGUCAUGACGUGUGUGUGUGUGUGUGUGUGUGUGUGUGUAUGUGUGUAUCAGGGAAGAUAGUGGAGUGUAUGUCAGUCAUGUGAUUUUGAGGGGCGUGUCCAGCAGGAGGGGCAUCUCCAGCAUCAGUAACUGUAACAGGCCAGUUUUACGUUCUGUAGAUCCAGAGUGGUUUGAACCCAUUUAUGGAGAAUAAUGCAAAUGCAUAGAAGGGACAAUGAAAUGUGUCUUGAGAUGAUGUUAUGAAAAAAAAGAAACUAUAUUUUUGAAUUAUGUAACACUUGACUUGUUUUGUUCAGUGACGAGCCACUUAUGUCACAGUUUUUGUUUUGUUUUCUCCUUUGUUUUUCCUGCUUGGAGCCUUAACAUUUUAAAGCUAUGGAAACCGUUUAAUAAUGGCUGUUCUAUACCUCAAUUGAAACAGCAUUAUCAGGGAGAUGACAUCCCAUGCAUCCUUAACCAAGGGACGUCAACAUUGUCACUGGCUGGACUAAACAAACAAAAAAAACAA